CGAAUAGUUUACUGUCCGCGACCUAGAGACGUUGGCUCGUGAUUCAAGUGCCAGAGUUCCAUAUUUAAAACGUAAUAUGGGUGGCGUCAUGAGCUGAGCACUUAAACAUUCUGCCAAGAAUAUUCCUAUGUUAUUUAUCAACUGAUGACAAACCAAGUUGUCUUAAAAUAUGAAAAGUUAGAAAAAAUUGGAGAAGGAACAUACGGAAAAGUCUACAAGGCGAGAAAUCGAGAAACACAUGAAGUUGUUGCACUUAAACGUGUUAGAUUAGAAAAUGAUGAUGAAGGUAUUCCUAGUUCAGCGUUUCGAGAAAUAUGUCUUUUAAAGGAAUUAAAGCACAAAAAUAUUGUCAGGCUAUUUGACGUUUUGCUCAGUGAUUCAAGGCUAACAAUCGUUUUUGAAUAUUGUGAUCAGGAUUUGAAAAAGUAUUUUGACAGCUGUAAUGGGGAAAUAGAUCAGAACACUGUAAAGCUUUUUAUGUUCCAACUAUUGCGUGGUUUACAGUUCUGUCACAGUCAUAAUGUUUUACAUCGGGAUUUGAAACCGCAAAAUCUUUUAAUCAAUGAUAAUGGAGAAUUAAAGUUGGCCGAUUUUGGUUUAGCUCGCGCUUAUGGCAUACCUGUACGACAGUAUUCAGCAGAGGUUGUUACACUCUGGUAUCGACCACCGGAUGUUCUUCUUGGCGCUAAACUCUAUACCACUUCAAUUGAUAUGUGGUCAGCUGGGUGUAUUUUUGCUGAAAUGUCUAAUGCUGGAAGAACUCUUUUCCCUGGCUAUGAUGUUGAAGAUCAAUUGCAGAGAAUUUUCAAACUGUUAGGCACUCCAACUGAAUCGACAUGGCCAUCUGUUGUUGAACUACCAGACUAUGAAUAUAUUGUUGUUCUGUAAGUAGUACUGAUUAUAAUGACAUUUCUGUGACAUAUUUUAAUGUCCAUAUAUAUUUCCUUCAAUAGCUAAAGGUAAUUCACUCAUGCAAGAAGGAGUGGAUGUAAACAAUUUAUUUGAAGUUAAAUAACGUCUUAUUUAACGGUCAUGCAGAGUGCCUUGAUUGGCGCAAUAUACUUUCUAGACACUGUCUUCACGACCUGACAUUGCCAUAGUAACUCUUGAUCGGUAGAGUCAAAUGCCACCUUCAGGUUAAGAAUUAUAUAGAUGGUGUUAGACGUGGGUAUAUGUGUAUUCUAGAACCUGUUCAAAAAUAAGGAUUUGAUCAAAUCAGUGCACCCUCAUCUGGACAUGAAGCAUGCCUGGUUUUCAUCUGUUGGUUUCUCUCGAGUCCUACUUAGUCAUUCCUGGGUUAUGGAACCCAAGAUAUUGGAUACUAUAUUUGUGAAGCUGACUCCCUUGUGAUUAUCACUGGGAGAUUCGUCUUUUUUCUUUUAAACUGAGAUAAUCAACGGUCUACAUUAGUUCGACGGAACUAUUCUGAGUUCUCAUAUACUAGGUAAUGCCUAAGUUAAUCUAGUCAAUAAUUCAUCACCGUCAUCCUUAAACACCUCUGUGGUCAUAUCAUCGGAUCCUACAGUUUUGGCUGAAUUUAAAUCGAAGACAGCUUUUGCAACCUUAGUUACAGUCGGAGGGGGGGGGUGUGACAUCUAAGUCCUACUCAUGCUUUGGAUGGACGGAGUACAGGUAUAGGCUCCUUAAAUUAUUAUUCUGCUUAAGGUUGGAGCUGUCUUUUCUAUGAGGCCGUUGAAUUUUCAUCCCUUUUGGAAAUCAUAUCACUUACCGUAUGUUUUUUACAUCUCGUCUCCUUGACAAGCUCAAACACUUAAUGGGUAUUAACUGCCCACUGCUGGUGCCUUUUCCAUUUCCUUCGCUGCUAUCACUUCCCACUGCUUGUAGUCGUUGUGAAGACGUUCAGCCGGUGUGUGUUUAAAUAACGUUCGCUCCUCAAAGUUUGCCCAGAUCAAUUAGCCCGCAUCAAUAAUUCCAAGUGAAACUGUGAAAAUACACCGACAUUUACUCAAUUUCGGUCUCAGGAUACCAACAACCUUUAAAAAUUUUCCCUCAGCAGAUUAGAUUUUGUCCUCAGCGUCUCCCGAAUAGUCAUUGCUGUCGCACACAUACAUGAGUUUAGUUAUCUCCUUCCUCAAUAUAGACCCCAUGUUCUCAUCAGAAAGCUGAACAUGUAAGGGCUUUGUAGCUACUAUUAUUCUAUAUCCCUUCAAUUGCAAGCAUUCAAACUCACGAAUUGAUGUAUGAUCAGAGUCGAUAUAGGCCUUCUAGAAAGAACAAUAAUCUUCUGCCUAGUCUCUCCAUUGAUAACUUGUACCUAAUUGGUCUUUAUGUAUCUAUUGCUGGCUUGUUAUCGGGGGUUACUUGGUGUGACAGUAUCUAUCCUUAUAUUUGAAAUUACUGUUCAAGAACAGGUGCUUAUUUAGAUGAAACUGCAAUCGACAUAGACAAUUUCAAUAUAGUAUAAGUGUGACUUUAUUCAUAGAACACUACACCAAAAUGACAUUUUUUUUUACUGUAACUGCUAUCCGUUCAAAUUUCCUGGUAUGUUUACAACAGCACGGAUGUUUUCUCAAAUGGUGCAACUUGUCGGGGGAGCAGAUGUGGGGGAGGGGAGGUGAUUGAUAAAGCUAAAAGACACGAUAAAUUAAUAGGCAUCAACAAAUAAUUUCUCUCUUGUAUACUGAGAUCACUGAAUGAGUUAAUGAGUUCAGACAACAACAGUCUGGUUAAUUUUCAACACUUACUGUAUUAACUAACUAUUUUGGUGUUAUAUAAUUUCGAAGACUUACUGGCGAAAACCAACAAGUUGUCAGAAGAAGAAGCAGCAAAGAUAGGACUUCAAAGGAACAUAGAGAAGACAGAGGUGAAGAAGAUAACCAACCAACAAAAACAAACACCAAUCAUAAUCGAUGGUGGCAUAGCGGUUAGGACGCUCGCCAACCAUGAACAUGAUCCGGGGUUCGAUCCCCGGCCACCAACGCACUCCUUUACCUCGCUAAGCCAGAAAUAAUGCUGAUAAAGAGGAAAGGUUGGGCAUGGGGCUAGCAACCCCAUCUUGUAAAAAUAAACACUGCUACAGAAACUUCAAGCCACUAGCUUGAAGCCCUAUGUUCCACUGGGGAACUCGAAGGAAAAAAAAUCAUCAUCGAGGGAAGAAAUUCGUAGGAAGAUACUUCCUUCACUAAUCUAGACAGCAUUGUUAUAACUACAGGCAACACGGAUGAAGAUGUCAAAACCAGAAUUGGAAAGGCAAGACCUACGUUUAACACUCUGAAAUCAGUUUGGGAAAUUUGCUGCAAUCAGCAUAAAGAACAAUGUUCAGGUUUUUUUUUUUACUAAUAUCGAUUCAGUCCUUCUAUAUGGUUCAAAAACUUGACAUGAACGUCACCAAAAGUAUUUUCAACAGCCCACUGCAGAUCUUUAUCAACAGCUGUCUUAUCUCCAUAGUGAAGAUCAGAUGGCCGGUCGGAAUAAAUUGGCAACAAGAAACUUUGCGAACGAACUAAUGACGAAUCUAUUGCUCGACAAAUAUGUAGGAGAAAAUGAGGAUGGAUCGAUUAAAUACACACUGAGCAGAUCGUUGAGUUACAUCGUGCGCCAGGCCAUCACUCAAGUGGAACCUGAGUGGAAGACAAUGAAUUGGGCGGCCAAGUGUGAUAUGGAGGUGACCGUAUGAGGAGGAGAUGGAAGCUUACGGGUAAUCGUAGAGCCGGCCGAAGAGGACUCCAGAGAACAGGAUAAAGUGGUGUGCUGUCGAAGUCCUAUAUUGUACUCGAAGCCCAAGGGAGUGAUAGUAAUAACAGAAAAAAAUAAGCCCAAUGAAUUAUUAGUAGUAUAUGACUUCAGGUUAACAACAUAUACUGUAAUUUUUGUUUAAUUUAAAAAGUUGUAUUUUAGUAAUUGUUAAUUGUCUCUUGCAUUCGUUUGUCAUAUAUUUUUCGGUACUGUGUGCAUGCAUGCGUUUAUUUUACUAGCCAUUUACUGUAAUAUAUCCUCGG